CUGGGUGAGCCGUGCUCGCUGCUCGCGUGGCGCUGGCGAGGUUAUGAUGGCCGCGGGCGGCCGGGAGCGGUGCCCGGCCGAGCCCCAGGGCACUCCAUCCCUGGGCGGCUUCGGCGCUUGUCACGGCUGCUCUGCCACGCGGCCUCCGAUGCCCCCACUCUCUAG